AUGAAUUCAUUACUUCGAAACAGUGCAAGACCAUUAUGUCGUGUUUUUUCUUCCACACCCGUAAAUUUGUGUGCCGUACCGCCAAAGCGACCAGCAAAAAAAUUUAUAGGUCCAGUAACAUGGAAAUCAAUGGGUGUGACUGCAGUAGUCGUUGGUGGAUUAACGGGUUUCAUGCUCUAUGUGAAAAAUGAGAAGCAGGAGGCUAUAGAACGUGAUAGAAAACGGCAGCUUGGAAAGGCAAAAAUUGGUGGUUCUUUCGAAUUGGUAGACUCUGAAGGGAAAACAGUUAAAAGCACAGAUUUCUUAGGCAAGUGGCUAUUGAUAUACUUUGGAUUUACUCACUGUCCAGAUAUUUGCCCUGAUGAAUUAGAAAAACUUGCAGAGGUAGUGGAUAGACAUGAUAAAACACUUUCAUCCCCACCACUACAGCCAUUGUUUAUUUCGGUUGAUCCACAGAGAGACACACCAGAAAUUGUUGGAAAAUAUUGUAAAGAGUUUACACCAAGACUGUUAGGUCUCACAGGUACCAAGGAGCAAGUUCAGCAGGCCUGUAGGUCUUAUCGGGUAUAUUUUAGUGCAGGUCCGCAGGAUGUUGAUGAUGAUUAUAUAGUUGAUCAUACAAUCAUUAUAUACUUAGUGGACCCUAAUGGAGAAUUUGUAGACUAUUAUGGCCAGAACAGAAAUGCUAAGGAAAUUCAUGAAUCUAUGCUCUUUAACAUUCAGAAAUAUGAAGCGGCUAAGAAAUCUUCCUGGAUUUAA